AUGUCGACCUAUACAUCGACUGAUAUGGAGAUUGAACUUGUAGAUAGUGGCGACGAAGAACGAGGCCGAAGGCUACGGAAACCCACAUCAAAAGGGAAAGCUUACAACGUACAACGAAAGCGCAGAACCUGUAUUAACGUUCAGACGAAGAUAACGAAGCACAUAAAUAGGAUAAACUUAGUUACUUGUAGCUAUGAUAAUUGUCAUAUUAUUAAGCAAGAGUUGGAUGUACUUGUCGCCUUAAACGCCGAAUUAAAGGAAGCGUUUCAAUUAUGGCGUAUGGAGUUAACAAUGGAAGAAGAGAUAGCUGAUGCGUUGGCAUGGUAUGACGAACAAUGCGAAAGAAAUUCUCGUUUCACGAUUGAAAUCGAACAAUGGAUUACCAGUGCGAAGCAAAAUAUUGAAGAACAAAUGGACAAAAGAUCUUUUAGUUCGCGUCAUUCGUCCAGAACUAAAAGCAGCAGUUCUUCGGAGAGUUCAAGCCAAGCAAGAGUUAAAGAACGAAUUAAAGUGGUUGAGUUACGCGCUAAAGCUGCAACGCUUGAAAGAAAACAGAAGCUUGAAAACGAGGCAGAAAAACUACGUUUGGAGGAAGAAAUUGCGAUAGCUGAGGGUCGAGAAGAAAUGCUUUUGAAGUUUGAGCAAGAGAUGAGCCGGAACGACGAUAUGAAUCAAUAUCACGAACAGUAUGCGAAAUCUAACUCAACGCCUUAUGACAUAAUGACUCCGUCAUUCGCCCCGAAUAUUCCUUCUACGUCAUUCGCCCCAAGUAUUCCUUCUACGUCAUUCGCCCCGAAUAUUCCUUCUACGUCAUUCGCCCCGAAUAUUCCUUCUACGUCAUUCGCCCCGAGUAUUCCUUCUACGUCAUUCGCCCCGAAUAUUCCUUCUACGUCAUUCGCCCCGAAUAUUCCUUCUACGUCAUUCGCCCCGAGUAUUCCUUCUACGUCAUUCGCCCCGAAUAUUCCUUCUACGUCAUUCGCCCCGAGUAUUCCUUCUACGUCAUUCGCCCCGAAUGUUCCUUCUACGUCAUUCGCCCCGAGUAUUCCAUCUACGUCAUUCGCCCCGAAUAUUCGUUCUACGUCGUUCGUCCCGAAUAUUCCUUCUACGUCAUUUACCCCGAAUAUUCCUUCUACGUCAUUCGCCCCGAAUGUUCCUUUUACGUCAUUCAUUUCGAACAUUCCUUCCACACCAUUUGUCUCAAAUAUCUCUGGAACAGUGUUUCCUGCGAAGACACAGGCGUCGAGGUUCACUCCGAAUGUUCGUGCACCUAUAUUCACUCCAAACAUUCCUGCAACAAAUGCUGCAAGCAAAAGAUCCGUGACUUUUGUCAAUGAGCAUCGGCAGAGUCUUCCAACAUACUCACCACCGUCGUUUUCACAAACCGAUUCAGCAUCACCUAUUAUUACCUCAUCCUACCCUGGUUUGCGUCAUACCAACCCUGGUCCUCGUCUGUCGCCAAGAGUCACUAGUACACCCUGGGAUCAAACCAUUUCUACGCAAGCAAGGAUCAGCAACGAACCAUCCGUUGUCUAUCAACCAUCCUUUGAAUCAAGAAUACCGGUACCUUUACCGACAACUGCUAACCGUGUGCAACCGGAAGCAUGGGAACAAGCUAGUCAAGUGUCGAUUCCAAGAACCAAUGAAGACCAGUUUGGCGUGUUGAUCGAGAAGCAGUGCAACCUUACCGAGAUGAUCAUGCAACAAAAUCAACGAAGUCUUAUUCCACGUCUUGCAUUGUCUAAGUUCUCUGGAGACCCCACAGAGUACAAUAUUUUCAUUCAAGGUUUUAACUCGCAGUUCCAUAAUAAGCUGAACUCUAACUCAGAUCGUUUACGAUAUCUAGAUCAGUACCUCGAAGGCGAAGCUAAAGAAUUGGUCAAAGGAUGUCAUUACAUGGAUCCUGACAUUGGUUAUGCAGAGGCGAGAAGGCUGAUUGACGAGAAAUAUGGUGAUCCGUACAACAUUUCUAAUGCAUUUAUUAAGAAGAUGCCUGAAUGGCCAAUGCUUAAACCCGGUGAUGAUGAUGGCUUAAACCGAUUUUCUACCUUCCUAACGCAGUGUUGCAGUGCUAUGAAAUCGUUGUCGUAUUUAACUAUAUUGGAUCAUCCGCACAACUUGCAAACCUUGGUCAAGAAGUUACCAUUCCACCUUCAAGAUCGAUGGAGACGUGUCGCAAGUAAAGCGAGAGUCGGACAUAGGAAUAUGCCAAGCUUCGACUCGUUUGCUAAUUUCAUUAAAGACGAAGCUAAAGUGGCAACAGAUCCAAUCUUUUCUCGAGAAGCUCUGAGAGUUCAAAGUUCUGACGGAGUAAACAACAAACGCAAGCCCCCAAAUUAUAAA